AAGCGUUUCCCAUUCAUUCCCUAUGGUAGUGCUAAACCACUACGGAUGCAAUAUAUGUAUGGCCACGUAUGCCCUCCGAGGCGCUGUGGCAGGUUUUACGCAAGAGGUGGCGAAGAUAAUAGCCGAAUUACAACGAACCACAACAAACACCCGGGAACAACUCAUCUGAGCCUUAUUUACUUUUUCUGAUUCGUGAAUUUCUUUUACAUUUCAGCAUUUGAUCCGAGCAUUUUACGUUUUGUUACAUUAGCGGUUUUAGCUACGUCAGACACACAACAGCUUCUAAUUCGUAAGGACUGCCAAAGAUUAACAUGUCACACAGGCCUUCGGUGUUUUUCCCUGGCAAGGUCCAAGUUACCUUUCGGAGAGGCGCGUUAGGUUACCUUCUACAAGUCCCCUCUGAUGCCGCCAAGAAGAUCAAAGACAACCCUUCUAUGCAGGACAAGUCUGCUCCUCUGAAGGAAGAGGUUGUCAGGAAGAAUGCCAUCAGCGUUGUCUUACAAAGAGGGGGGGAUGUGUCAGAUAAAGCUGAGGUGUUGGGGGAGUACAUACUACAGUUUGGGAAGUACAGAGGCAAGUCCUUCAGGUGGCUGCUGGAAAAUGAUGUUGGAUACACUAUGUACCUCAUCAAAAAUUUGGAAAAAGAAAAAGAGGCAGGCCAUUUCAGUACAGAGGGGAGCAGCAAAAUCAGUUUGCAGUCCUUUUUGGAAUAUGCCAUGAGCUUCAAAGAUAUUGAGGAGCUUUCAAAGUUUGAGUCUCACAAAACGAAUUCUCCUGCUGUGACCUCAGAUUGUGACACUCUGGUUGGCUUUGGUAAUCGGGCCAAAAGUACAUGGGGAGAAAUAUGGGAGAGCAGAGCUGACGGGUACGCUUUCUUCAUUAUGUCAAGGAAAUGUGGUACAGGUUCAAAAAUGCACAAACUGCAGCAGUACCUGCUAAUGAAAAAAGAGUCAUUGCCAUCAACCGUUACAUCACCAGCCUCUACUGCAACUCCUUACUCCCAAGAUUCACCAGCAUCAGCAGCUGUAGGAGCACCAUCUGUGUCUACUGGCAGAGGACAUGUUCAUGACAACAUGUCCAUCAAAACCUCCGUCUCCAUGAGGCACCAACACACCCUGCACGUCAGUCUGGGCCGCCAGCAUCAACACACCCUCCACCUCAGUCUGUGAUUCCAGCACCAACACACCCUGCACGUCAGUCUGGGCCGCCAGCAUCAACACACCCUCCA